AUAAGAUGCCGCCCAAAAAGAAGCUUUCGAAGAAGGAGAAGGCCCGUCUGGAGGCCGAGCAGGCUGAGCUCAUGCGAAUUGAAAUGGAGAAGGAAAAACUUAAAAAGCUGGAGGAGGCCCGUCAGCGCAAGAAACUAGAGAUGGAGCAGGCCAAGCACCGGCAGCAACAGGAGGUGGCCGAAAACCGGAAACGGCGAUCGCAACUCAAGGACAGCAUGCUCUUCUUCGACGCCGUGCGAACGGCCAUCGAAGCCAUCAAAGAUGGCGAGCGGCACGAACGGGACUGGGAGAAGUUCAUGCGUUGCAAUGGCCUGCCAAAUGCGGCCAGUCCCAGUGACCUGCGCAAGUACAUCCAUCAGUGGCACACGGACAUAGCCAAGCGUCAACUGGAGUCCCGCAACUGGCUCCUGCGCACCGAUGAACGAACUCUACUGACCCAAGAUGCCCAGGUGCCGGAUCUCACGAGGAUUUCACUGCGCCAACAGCAGGGACGACUGGGCGAUGUCUACUCGCAGAGGAUUAAGGAGGUUCUGGGGAUUCUCAAUGAGUUGGAUGAAAUGCUGCCUUUCAAGCAGAAAUCCGCCAUGAUUGCCGCUGAUUUGGUUAAACUAAAGACUGAGAUGAGGGUCUUCCUCAAGCAACAUCUCGAUGAGUUCACCUACAAGACCAUGUCGCAUAUAGAAAGGGAUAUGGAAAUCGAUAGACCAGGAGUCUCAAAACACAUCUACAGCUCGGAUGUCUUCCAGAGCUUCGUUUGGACCUUCUCCAAGGAUGCUCAAAUAGCCCUUAACCCAAAAGCACGAAUUGGCGAACAAUCUGCCCACAAUGAGAUCGAUUUUCCCACCAUUGAAAUGCAAAUCUCACUGCCACCCACGGUCUACCUUCAGAGUUCAGCCUUGCGAGGUCUCUGGCUGAACUAUGACCACUUCAGUGACUACUGCAGCAGCUAUUGCUUGAAGCAUGCACGAUCUGCCAAUGCCAAUAUCCUGCGGCAAACAAAGCGGGAGUGGCGCAAACGCAAAGAGAUCCUGCAGGCGAUGCUGGACGAGUGCGGCAGGGAAAUUCCACUCUCAGAGUUAGAACAGCUCACCCAGGACCAGCACUCGGCCAGUUCGCAGCCGCCGCGGGAACGCACCUACGAUGUGGAUAAACUUUAUGCAGAGUACGAGGAUGAGCUGAGCAAGGCCCAUCGCAGGGCCAUUGGACCCGAAGCCUAUGGAAUGCUAGAGACGGACGUCAAUCUACGGAAAUAUCGCAUCAUUGGCGGUGUCUACUGCAUCGACUUCCUGGAAACACCACAGCAGGAUAAGCAGCUAAAUGCCAGAUCCUUCAUUCGAACCAUAACUUCGGCCAACAGUUUGGUGCACAAGGAAUACUACCAGACCUACAAGCCACCGCCUCCGGUUCUGCCAGGUGUAAGACGACUGCCCGAAGAGAUUGAGGCUGAAAUGCGAAUGAUUGAAGCGGCCCUGGACAAACUGGCAUUGGUCACUCUGCAACUACCCGAUUCUGUGAUUUGGUUUGAGCCACCUGUGGCCUGUCGCUGGGAAACCAAUGUAGAAACUCUAGAAAUGGAGCUAGCCGAUGGCAUAAAGCCGGAGGUUAAGAAACCAACCGAGGAUGCUGAUGGAGAGGGGGAUGCCACGGGUGCUGUCAGUGGAACGGCGGCUGCUACAACAGCCACGCCUACUGAAGCCACUCCGCUGUCCACCCACGCCCAAGCCAGUCCCCUUAAAAGUUCACCUCGCUGCCCAGCCCGCAUGCGUUCCCAGAAAUCAGACAUUCCUGGUGAAUCCCAACAGCAGAUACUUCGGGAAAUCAAUGACUUUGAUCUGCGGGCCAUUCCCAGCAAUGUGGAUUUAUACGGUCUGGUCAAGGAUUUUGUGGUUCCACGUCUGCCCCAAGGAUUCUGCGUUCGCAUUGAGCAAUCGACCCCGAUUAUGUCCACCGGCAUGAGACAGCGAAAGGUAAUGUUUCUAGCUCGGCAAACCCACAUUCGAUUGGGUCAGGGAUUGGGUUUGGGUAAAGAUCUGAAAGAUGAUCAGCUGGCGAUACCCAAGGAACUGCAGAAGCUUCAGUUGAAUGCCAAGACCGGUCUGGGAUCUGAGUUUCUGGACACUGAGGAACCCGCCGAGAUGUUUCCGCCUCUCUGCUUCGAUAAGCUUCUGAAGUUCCGGCAAAUGGCUCCACGGAAUAAGCCACCUGCCCACCACCAAGGCUAUCUGUUCUCCCAGUUAAUUGAGGACAUGGACCGACUUUGGCGAUUGCAGUUGCCCAGAGAUCAGCAGGAGGAACUCAUCCAGCAAAUAUCCGAGCAGCUAUCGCCCACUGGUUCGCGAUCCAGUGAGUCGGGUGAAAAGGCACCCAAAGAGGCAGAAACUGAUGGAGAUCUUCAGGAGAACAUGCAACCACUUAGCCAGGAGCUAGUGGAUGUCCUGCAACCUGCCGCAGCAGCCGCUGCCUUUGCCUACUACACGGGUAUAUCCUUUGUCCGGGACUCACAGCUGCCACCAGAACCAGAACCAGAGACCACAGCCAAACGCUCUAACAGCAUGGAUAGCAGUGAGGACGACGACGAUGAUGUGGAUAGCCUGGUGGAGCUUCUCGAAGGUGGCACCUCCACGGCAGCCAACACUCUCCACGACCUGCUGGGUCCACCGACAAACAGUGACAGCAGUGACAGCGAAAGCAAACAGAAAAUGAGCAAUGCGGCAGCCAUAACCCAGGGCAAGUGGAGCACCCGCGAUGUCCACGACACCAAGUUCAACGAGGACAAGCUCUCGAUACAGUUUCGAACUGGAAGAUUGGGAAUCUUUGGUUUUGCUUUGAAUAAAUACAGCAAUAUGCCCUAUCAGACUUGGGACUUACGCCCAGAUAUGAAAAAUCCUGGCACUAUCAUCUUUAGUUUUACUGCCUCUCUGAUCAGUCUGGAUAUGACUAUAACCGAAUCGGGCUAUACGGUUAAUAACUUUCAGGGCGGCAGUACUCAAGGCAUCACCGAUAUGAUUGGGAAAACAUUAUCCCUGACAGAGCUUAAGGCCACGCUGAUUCUAUCUGCGGUGGAUAUUUUCCCGGAUGAGGAUGCCUUCUGCUAUACAGAGGGAUCCUGUGAGAAGAACUACGUCAUGGAGAUGCACUGCUAUGCGUGUCUCUCGACUCUAGCUCAAUCGCACAAUUUCAGUUGGUCUCGAUGGAAUCUUUUGGCCGGUUCCCGGACUGCUGUCCUGUUGGUUCGCGAACUAAUCGAGGGCAAGAAGGUGCCUUACUACUCCACAUUGCUGGUUACUCCCCUUAAGACUUCGAUUAUUGAUUGUACGGAAGUAUCAGCCAGUUUUAAUGCUGUUGGAAUUCCAGGAAUGGAAUACUAUGCCGAUCUCUAUCAGCUAUCACAGGCUCAUUCGCAGCCAGGCAGUCUGGAGAAACAGAGGACCAUGAGCCCUGUUCUAAGGGACAAUGUGGCCAAGAUUCUAAUGGCCAUUCGACCACUGAGCUUGUGUUGA